AGAAGAAGAAGAAGAAGAAGAAGAAGAAGAAGAAGAACUGCUUCCGGUAACAGUCAACAUGGCGUUCAGUUUUGGCGGUGUUGCAGCUAAUACAGCGUCAACUGCCCCCGGGUUUUCAUUCGGCUCAUUUGGUGCCAAGACCACAGCAUCUACAGCCUUUGGCUUCGGCCCCGCAGCCACCACCACCACCGCCUCAUCCGGAUUCGGCACUCUUACAGCCCCUGGUUUUGGGGCAGCUACCACCGCUGCCGCCGCUGCACCAGCCACGGGAUUUGGUUUUGGCUCCACCAACACAGGAUUUGGGGGGCUGGGAGCUGGAAACACCACGGCUGGCACAUUUGGUGGCUUUGGGACGACUACAACCACUGCUGCUGUGCCCGGGUCCACUUUUAACUUUGCUGCUCCCACUAACACCACAGGGGGCCUGUUUGGUAACACACAGAACAAAGGGUUUGGUUUCUCCUCUGGGCUCGGCACAGGGACGGCUGCCGGGGCGACAGGAUUUGGGACCGGGUUAGGAGCAACUAGUCUGGGUGGCUUUGGAGGAUUUAAUAUCCAGCCAACUCAGCUGCAGCAAGGAAACUUGUUCGGUCAGCAGCAGAGUCAGGCCCAGCCCACCCAGCUUUACCAGCAGGUCACUGCUCUGUCAGCUCCCACCUUGUUGGGAGAUGAGCGUGACUCCAUCUUGGCCAAAUGGAACCAGCUGCAGGCUUACUGGGGCACUGGGAAGGGCUACUACAGCAACAACAACCCCCCUGCGGACUUUACCCUUGAGAACCCGUUCUGCAGGUUCAAGGCAGUGGGAUACAGCUGUGUCCCAGUGAGUAAGGAUGAGGAUGGCCUGGUGGUCUUGAUUCUCUGUAAAAAGGAAGCUGACGUGCGAGCACAGCAGCAGCACCUGGUGGAGUCUCUCCACAGGGUGCUGGGAAACAACCAAACACUCACUGUCAACGUAGAUGGUGUCAAAGCCCUGCCAAAUGACCAGACAGAGGUGAUCGUCUACGUGGUGGAGCGUUCCCCUAAUGGCACCUCCAAGCGGAUUCCCGCUACCACGCUCUUCGGUUUUCUGGAGCAGGCCAACGUCAAGGUGCAGCUCACCCAGAUCGGAGUGGCCAUGACUGUCACACGCACAGAGCUGUCUCCUGCACAGCUCAAGCAGCUGCUGCAAAACGCUCCCGCAGGAGUGGACCCAAUCAUUUGGGAGCAGGCCAAGGUGGACAACCCUGACCCAGAGAAGUUAAUCCCAGUGCCCAUGGUGGGUUUUAAAGAGCUGCUCCGCAGGCUGCAGACCCAGGAGCAGAUGACUAAACAGCACCAGACCAGAGUGGAUAUAAUCUCCAGUGACAUCAGUGAACUCCAGAAGAACCAGGCAACCACGGUGGCAAAGAUCGCCCAGUACAAGAGGAAGCUGAUGGAUCUCUCUCACAGAGUGCUGCAGGUGCUGAUUAAACAGGAGAACCACAGGAAGAGUGGUUACGCCAUCCAAGUGGAUGAGGAGCAUCUCCGGGUGCAGCUGGACACGAUUCAGUCUGAACUCAAUGCCCCCACACAGUUCAAGGGUCGUUUGAACGAAUUGAUGUCCCAGAUCCGGAUGCAGAACCACUUCGGAGCAGUGAGAUCAGAAGAACGGUACAGCGUCGACGCCGACCUUCUCAGAGAGAUCAAACAACACUUGAAGCAGCAGCAGGACGGCCUCAGUCAUCUGAUCAGCGUCAUCAAAGACGACUUGGAAGACAUCAAGCUUAUCGAGCAUGGGCUGAGCGACAGUGGACACAUGAGAGGAGGCCUGCUGAGCUGAGUUGACCCGACCGAUAAGCAUACGUACGCUCUGACUCCCAUCAAUCUCCUGGGGAGAGUCACGCCCGUCCUGAAGAAACAUGCCAACAUGUCCUUCCUGUCGUAUCGAAUUGGAUGCUCUUUUGGAACAAAAUCUGGCUUUGGGUUUGAUAACGAUCAUUUUUAUAGAAAGAUCAGUUUGGUAUAACUACCCCUUUAUCCCCUAUCUCCACCAGCUCAAUGGAAAGACUCAACAUCGCCUAAUAAUAGCUGGCUUCCCUUAUGUCUGAUCAGAUUACGGAUACGCGACUACGCAUGUGACCGUCAUGUAAACAAGGCGUGGGAUUAAGUGUGUCGUGAGUGAAAAGACUGUAAAUACAUCUUUGUAUUUCUUUUUUUAUGCUGUUGGAAUAUUAUUAAAAAUUCAAUUUACAUUGGAAA